UUGAUCCUGAUUAAAAUGGCAUGUACGCGGUUCUGUGAUGGCCGGUUUCCGAGAAAUCAGACUAAAGGACUCAGACGAAUGGUAAAAAAUUGUUUACUAAAUGAUCUGUAACUGAAAGCUCCCUCUGCAAGCCUCAAUCACCUCUGUUUUGCGGCAGUAUCGAGAACAAGUCCUCAGUCAUCAAAGAUACCCACGGAGAAAAGAUGCGUUUUUUCAUCAGUAUGUUGUGCGCUACAGUUCUGCAUACCUUUGUCCAAUACGAGAAGUGUGAUGCCAGCUCUUCUGCCACUAGUCAAGAAUGCUUCCCUGUACACCAUAUGAACUGCGCUUGGGAAGUUGGAGAUGGGAAGAUCGUUAAUCUAGCGCCAUUGAUAUAUUCGAGUACCGAAAGGAUCGAAAGAGGCUUCGUUGUAAAUGGUAAACCUGAUGGAAAAUAUCACCAAUACUAUUCGUACGCCUAUAAUCCAUGCAGAUGGAUCAGUUUAGCUGGUGACUGUGAUCGGGAUAAAGAAACAGCAAUAUGUCAGUGGACUCCAUACAACGAUAAUCCUGACAAUUAUCGAUCAAUUGGAAAUAAAAUGCCAAAAUGUACCAAAGUGAGCAAUGGUAUUCGACUAAUCUACAACGCAGGGGGAAGGUAUGUGUAUCCUCUAAAACCCAUUGUUAAAGUGAAGUGCAAUCGGACCAAAGCAGACAUCAAAGAUGCAACCUUUAAAGUAAUCAACGAAAGUGACUGGGUAUUUGAGCUGGAUCACUUGUGCGGUUGUGGAACAGCAGCGAAGGAAUAUCUUAAGUUGAAAGAAAGUCAAAAAGCGUACAUUAUUGUGGAAAUUGUGGUUCCAACCGCUGGGGUGAUUGCACUGGUGGUCGGGGCAGGGCUUUUUUUAUGGUGGAAAAAGAGGGGGAACAGGAGAAGGAACAACAACAACCCCCAAGAAAAUUAUGAGGGGCAACCACUGCACCAAGACGACUCAGGUCAGGACGGUCUCCAUAUACUCUGGAAUGUAUUCUAUGGCUCAAACUCGAAAACGAGGUCAGGAAUCGUUGCUCCACCACGAAGCAAAAACGACAACCUCAGUAGGUAA